AUGUUUGCGAGCAUACGACAGGCCGCGACGCGCGCUGCGCUUCGCCAUCCCACCAUUGUGCGGAGGGUCACCACGGAGAGCGUUGCGGACGCCGCAAAACAGGCCUCCGACGCAGGCCUCACCCAUGUACCCUCUGUCGCUGGUCCCUCCGCCGUCUCUACGACCUUCGCGCGCACGGAAAAGCCCCCUGUCAUUCACAUACCCCCCGCGGAGGACCCGCUUCUGCACCUCUUUACGUCCAUGGUCAUGUUCGACGGCAAGCGGCAGAUGGCCUCGCGCGUUGUGACGAAGAUGCUCCUGCACAUCCACGCCUUCACUAAGGCUCCCCCUCUUCCGAUCCUACGCGAGGCAGUCGAAAUCGCUGCUCCGCUUCUCCGCUGUCGGCAGUUCAAGCGUGCCGCAAAGCAGUACGUGUUCCCCAUGCCGCUCAGCGAACGUCAACGGGCCAGGACGGCCAUCGACUGGAUCUGGGAGGCGGCGAAGAAGAACGGUGGGAAGCAUGUAUCAGAGAGGUUGGCAAGGGAGAUAAUUGCGAUCGUGAAGGGGGAGAGCGAGGUUCUGAAAAAGAAGGCGGAGGUGCAUAAGUUGGCCGUUCUUCAUAGGUGCGUUUGA